AUGGGCGUGAAGAACUUGUGGGACCUCCUCGAAUCGUGCAAGAAAAGGGUUCCUCUUCACCAUCUACAGAACAAGAGGGUGUGUGUGGACCUCUCGUGCUGGAUGGUGCAGCUUCACAGCGUGAGCAAGUCCCACGCCUGCGUCAAGGAGAAAGUGUACCUUAGAGGGCUCUUUCACCGACUCAGAGCACUCAUUGCGCUCAAUUGCAGUCUCGUCUUCGUCGCAGGUUUCUCAAUUUCUGUUUUUUCAGAAUUGGGGGUUUCAUCUUUUAAAGGGUAA